AUGGCUCUUGCGCAGACUUACUAUUCACAAGGUGGCCCUUUUCGUGGAGACUCUACGUCCUUUUAUGGUAGAAGCCAGAUUAGUGGAAAACAUUCCUCAGCUUACAACCAUUAUAACACUGUUGUUAGCCAUCUUUUUAGAUCUAAUGGUUCCCAUGACUUGAGUAGAAAUUUUAGCGAGUAUAGCUAUGGUUAUGAUAAUUUCGUAAAGCCUGAGGCUGGACCUUCUUUGAAGAGGAGGAAGUGUUCAGCUUCUGGUUGGGCAAGCAGUGGCAGGUACUCUCAAGCAACCAAUUCAUGUAACGAUGUUCCUUCAAAGCAGCCAAGCACAUGUAAUGUUCCUUUGAGGAAUUCCAGAGCGUAUGAUGAUGCACAUUCAGCCUGUAACAACAACUCAGCCAUUACUACCAGUACUUCUAGACCUCGUUCUGAUGCAAGCGCACCCACGAGCUCUAAGCGCGACCGCUCAUGGCUUGAGUAUACUGAAACUGAUAAUAUCUUUAUGUCUAGGGAGCAAAUUGAUAAGUGCUCCCCGUCCAGGAAAGAUGGUAUUGAUGCAAUGCAUGAAGCACAUUUGCGGUACUCGUAUUGUGCUUUCCUCCAGAACCUCGGAAUUCGCCUGGACCU